CGUCUCCCGUGGACACACCUUGCAUGUCUUUCCUGUGGCUCAAGUGACUCCCACGGAAGUCACAACCUCGCGACCGGAUCCCGAAUUCGAACAACUGGUUUUGCCCAUGGCCUGGCACCCCACGCCCGUUUGGUGCCCAGACACACUGGCGCCGCCGCUGGCGCCGCCGCUGGCGCUGGCGCUGCCGGGCGCACUCGGCGGGCCGGUCAUGAUGGCGCCGGCGGCACCGUGGCCAAUGCCGCCAAUGAUGCCGGUGCCCAUGGGGCCCAUGGCUGGAGAGGCAAUGAUGGAAUUGGAGGCGCCAAACCUCCAGAUGCUUCCAAUGCCUAUGCCCGCGCCAGGCCUCAGCUGCGGUGACUUGCACAAUGCAAUGUCCGCUGCCAGCUGCGCCACCAACGCCUGUGGAGGCUUCGUACCCCUGGCUGCGCGCCAGGUCUCUCCGGGCUUGUGGUGCGUCCUCCUGAGCGACCCGCAGCUUCAAGCGGCACAGGAGAUCCAGGAGCUGCCUGCCUUGCAGCCUCCCGAGGGCACCAGGAGCUUGUGCCUGGCCGAACACCUGGAGCCCAUUUUGGAAUCGCCGCCCGCCACGCCAAAGCGGCGGACCAUGCCCAAGCCGGAGGAGAUGCCCACACCCUCACCGGUGAGCUUUCGGACGUUGAGGGCGAAGGAAGAGUUGAACCAGCUGAGUUGCACGAAAGGCCUUGAAGGACUUCGACUCGAAUCCUUGGACCAGAAGUCCGGAGCACAGGCUUGGCUUGAUGCGGAACAACAUCUCCCGAUAGGGUCACCUGAGAAGGCAGAGCCACAGGUCGCCUGGUCUGCCCCAAAGUCAUCACAGUCGGCGGGUUGGGCGGCCGCUGCGGGUUGGGCGGCUGAGACAGCGGUCCAUCGCUGCCAAGCUCAGAAGGCAGCUUUGGAGCAGGAUCGUCAGGUGGAGCACGCCGGUGCCCAUGCGGAGCUUUCUCCACAGCGGGCCACCAGCGCGCAGCCGCGGCAUUGGGAGCGCCAUGCAUGGCAGUCUUGGGAGGUGCAGACGCCGUCGCAGACGCCGUGCCCGGCGCGCAAAAAGAAGUCUUGGAAGAAGUCGCAGACAGCCACGGUGAAGAUGUUUCGCUCCUGGGACGAGGGUUGCUCCGGGCGCGAUUGGUCUUUUUCGUGCAAGAGAAGGGGGCGUGGUGGGAGACAUGCGGCCGCGUGUUUCACGUCAUCAAAUGGAUACAAAUGGUCCACUGUUUUGAUAUGUUCACGUUUGUGUGUCUCAGACAAUAUGAUUUUGCGAUUCUCCUCCAAAUCCCAGGUUCUUCAACCCUUGUGUUGUCCUCUCUAGAUGCACAGAUGUAGGUAGGGCACCUUCCAAUAGCGAAACACAUACUAAUAGCGAAAGCAAGGAUUUUGAUUACGAUACAAAGAUUACUAAGAUUACAAAGAUUUUAAUUAAUAGCGAAAACAUGGACCAACUUCCAUGGAAGAUGGAAAAACAGUGACACUUGCUCAGAGGCUUCUUGGGUUUAAGUCCCGCAAGAGGCUUCCUGCCGGUCCC